CGUGGACAGAGCAGCAUCGCUCGUGUAAAUGGUGUAAGUGUCGGUGGCCUCGGAUGGUACGAAUCGUUAUAAUUGUCGGUAUGUACCGCGUAUACCGAGUCAUGACGGUGUGGUGAGGGGACGUUCUGAAAAAACUAUCAAAUGCGCGGGUGAGAGAGAGCGCGGAGGAUGGGGCGGGGACAGAGCCCUAUGGAGUUCGGUUAGGCCCGACCCCUGGCCAGCCCCGAACCGCCAUGGAGCCCGCCGACCGCGCUCAUCGGCCUCUUGCAUUUGACAAGAUGGAGGGGCUGGUACGGGCAAUGCAGGAUCCAGAGACGGGGGUGCCAGUCCGCAGCCAGAAGCUCUUCCUUACCUCAAUACCCUCCGCGUUCAUGGGAUACGACCUCAUAGAAUGGCUGAUGGAACGCCUCAACAUCGAAGAGUCUGUAGAGGCGGUCCAUCUAGCCAACCAACUCUGUCAAUACGGUUACUUCUUCCCCGUCAGCGACUCCAAGAACCUUGUAGUCAAAGAUGACAGUUCCCUCUACAGGUUUCAGACUCCUUACUACUGGCCUUGGCAACACAGAAGUCCGGACAACGUAGAGUACGCAAUCUACCUGUGCAAACGUACGCUACGCAACAAACAGCGCCAUGGCUUGGAGGAGUAUGAAACUGAAGCUCUUGGAUCCCUCAAAAAGACUCUUCAAAACAAAUGGGACUUCAUUUCUAUGCAAGCAGAAGAACAGGUGCGUCUGGCAAAAGAGAGAAAGAAAGGAGACAAGAUAGUGUCAGACAGUCAAGAGCGAGCAUACUGGCGGAUCCAUCGGCCCCCGCCAGGCUUCACCUCCUCCUUGGAGCCGGUCCCCGUCUGCAACCGCGGUGGCUCGGGGUCCAGGCGGCGUCGGACUAGCACAGACGUCCGCAGAGAGGUGGAGUUUCUGCGGGGAUGUAUGAGUCGGUCGCGCAUGAAGGUGUCGCAGGCUCUGGAAGGUCUGAUGCAGCAUUGUGACACUUAUCUGGAGUACGACCCUUUGUUGUCCGGAGCUCAGCCCUCCAACCCGUGGCACUCCGAAGACACUGCGUUCUGGCAUUUUAAUAGUCCUAUUGUAGAAGUGCCUACAGAGAAAAGAGUAAAGAGGUGGGGCCUUUCCAUGGAAGACCUAGUGUCGGAUCAAACAGGAAUCCAAGAGUUUACCAAUUAUCUACGGAAGGAGUACAGCCAUGAGAACAUUCGGUUUUGGAUGGCCGUCAGAGACUUGCGCAGAAGUUCCCAUUCACAAAUUCCACUAAAGGUUCAGGAAAUUUACGAGGAGUUCUUGGCACCUGGCGCGCCUUGUGAGAUCAACAUCGAUGGUAAAACUAUGGAGAAAACGCAACAAGAGAUGAAGAACCCGACGCGGUGGACGUUUGACUACGCGGCCGAGCAUGUGUACACUCUGCUACUCAAGAAAGACUGUUACCCUCGCUUUAUACGCUCUGACCACUAUAAGAAUCUACUUGCUACCGGGGUCCAGCCCUCUGCUAAGAAAAGGUUUUUUGGCUUCGGAGGCGCUGGAAAAAAGAAGAGUUCAACAAGUGCUGCACCUAACCUGAGCGGGCUGCAAGCGGCCGCAGCAGCUGCGUGUAGUCAAGCGGCAGUGAGCCGAAGACGAGGCAGCGACAGGAGUUUGACGGGGUCGGCGCACGAGCUGGCCGUCAGCGGCAUUACUCGGGACCGGGUGGGCCACUCCCACAGCCAAAGUAACCUCAGUGAUAUUCCAUACAGGUGA